UGUGCAUAGGCAUGAACUUAUGGGAAUUUUUGUAUGGCUAUUUUGGACAUGUAAAAAAAAAUUUUUGCAUGGCUAUAGAAGAAUUUGGUAGUUGUGUAUGGACAUGUGAAAAAUUUAGGUUGUGGUAAACUUUUGGUGGGGCAUUGGUUUGAUUUUGUGGUGGUGGGGCAUUGAUUUUUUGUUAUGGGACAUUGACUUUUUUGGGUUCAUGGGAAUUUUUGGACAUGUGGGUUUUGGUCAUGGAAAAUUUUUUUUGGACAUGUGAUUUUUAUCAUGGGAAUUAAUAAGCUAAACUUAUAUGUUGUAGAGUCUCAAGAGUCGAGGUAGUCUCCAAAUAUUGAAAAGUGCAUGGGCAUCCUUGUCUCUUAGCAUCAAAAACAUCAUUAAUGAAGCAGGCUUCGAUACUUUCUUUGAAACUAUGUUAAAUCAUGAGACACACGAGUACAAAGAUCUUCAGUUACUCCUUGCUUUGGCAGAGCGCUUCUGGGACAAUACUUUGUAUAUUCCAUUUUCUAGGCAUUGGGGAGUUAAUGUUGACACCUUAUGACUUCUCUGUUAUCACCGGUCUGAAGUUGGGUGGUAAAAGAAUUCUUGUCCAUGAUUCCCUUACUUAAGCUAAGCUCAAAAAACUUCUAGGUGUAGUGCCUUCUAGAAUGAAGAGUAACAAUAUUCCUUUAUCUUGGCUAUGAGAGAAUAUUCCCCAAUGUGAAACUGUAGCAAAGGGUGCCCACAUGUUCAUGCUUCUUUUUAUUGGGACUUUCUUGUGUCCGGAUUUAGGCAGUAACAUGAAUUUGCACUACUUGGAGAGCUUGAGAAAAAUUGAACAUCUCUGAAAUUAUGACUGGGGCGUCGUGGCCUAUGCUAAUCUGAUGCAUUUCAUGACUCAACUCUCUAGGCGGAGUCUUUCAAGCUCGGGUGGUGCUCCAUUUGUAUGGCGGAUGAGGUUUAGUAUUUAUUUGGCUAUGUGUAGGCUAUGGAAAAUUAUUUUGGCUAUGUGGUAAUGAUGUUGUGAAUUUUUCAGGUUUGGAUGUAUGAGUAUUUUGGGGUUGGUCCUAAAAUUCUGGAGGAGGCUACUGGUAUUUUUCCUAGAUUUCUCUGUUGGUUGCCCAAAUAUCGCUUGUCUCCACCCUCUAGGCGUUCUUUGGAGAUUUGUUGCUUGGUGAUUGACAAUCUGAUCAUUCAUGAUGUGAAUUUUUUCUUCCUUCUCUUUUUAAAUCUUUGGCACUUGGUUAUGAUUUAGUCUCUUCUCUUUCUAAGUUCCUUUUUGUGAUUUUGCAGAUGAACUUAAAUCCUUGGGCUGGAUGUGAGGGGUAUGCUGAGUGUGAGCGGGCUCUAGAUCAAAAUGGCCGCCAAGUAUUGUUUAAAUGUAGGCAUGGAAAGUACUGGUAUCUUGGUGAUCGGGUGUUGCCCCAAGUUGAACAUGUCUAUCCUCCUACCACAAUUCCAACUCCUCCUUGUCUCACUGUUCGGUUGGCUAAACUCCUGGCUGAUGAAGAGAUUGCUCGGGCCUGUGAUGGCUAUAUUGUUGCAAGAGUAAAAGGAAAUUACUCUGAAUUUGUUCGGGAUCACUUGCAAAGUUGCUUAGUUGAUAGAAUGGUUGAUGUGGAUCUUGUGGAAGAAAGCGUGUGGAUGAUUGGAAGUUUGCAGUCAUUGGCUUAUACCCAGUCCUCCCAAUAUGUGAUCACUGAUUCUAACUGGGCACUUUGAAUGGAAACCGCUGACAAUACUAGAAGAACUUUGGAGGAAAGAAUCCGGAACCUCGAACUUGAAAAUCGUCAAUACAAUCCCCGCUUUUUCUCAAGUCAAGAAGGAAAUACUAAAGAUGGCUCCUCUAGGGGUGGAUCAAGGAGAUCCUCACAUAGGCGGACUCAGAGUCCUAAUAAUGUAUGAAUUGUAUUUUUAUUUUCCUGAUGAGAUCCUGUAGUACUAAUUUAAACUUAUCUUGCUUGGCUCUUGUUGGAAUCUGCAUUUACUUGCAUGAGGUGGAGCCAAAUGCCCCUAGUUCAGAAAUGAAUGCAUGAUUUUUUUUUUUUUUUUUUAAUUCGGGUACCUUUUAGGGCACCUCUC